AAGAACACCACUUUACCGUUCUCUCUCUCCUUUCAAAAUUAGGGCUUAAUAAAACCCUUCCCCCUCUCUCUCACACACCGAAGUCAGCAACCAUGGCCACCGACUCCGACAUGAGUUCCUGGACCGAUCUCCUCCACUCCUCCACGAAGCUUCUCGAACAAGCCGCUCCUUCGGCUCAGUUCCCUCCUCUCCAGAGGAACUUAGACCAAUUAGAAGCGUUAUCUAAGAAGCUAAAGUCAAAAACCCUAAGAGCUGAAGCUCCAUCACAAUCCGUUGCAGCCACAAGGUUAUUGGCACGUGAGGGACUAAAUGCAGAACAGCUUGCUCGGGAUCUCAAGUCUUUUGAGUUGAAGACAACAUUUGAGGAUGUUUUCCCUGCUGAGGCAACAAGUGUCGAGGAAUACCUGCAGCAGGUUCAUGAGAUGGCAAUAGUUUCCGCUAUCCAGGAAGCACAGAAAGAUAACCUUAAAAGUUUUAAUGAUUACAUGAUGAAAGUUAUGGAGGAGGAUUGGCAAAAGGAAAAAAGGGAUUUCCUUCAAAGCUUGAGCCGCAUAUCAACAUUGCCCAAGACUAAUAUUAGUGAUUCAAGCACUGGGGCUACUCGUCCAGGUCAAAUUGCAUCCAUGAUUUCCAGUCCUCAGGUUUCAUCUGGUCUGUCUAGUAUGGAGCUUGUACCUCUAGCUAACAAGCCUGUCCUCGAGAAAAAAACUUCUGUUUAUGCUGAGGUUGUGAAGAAUCUCAACAGUGCAAGAGAGCGUGGCUUACCAUUUAAGCCUGCUACAGCUUUCAAGGGUGCUUAUGAUAGUUUGGGCCUUGAGACAUCUGGUGGCAAAUCUGUUAACAUGCAGAAGAUUUGGCACCUGAUUCAGACAUUAAUGGGUGAGGAUACAGCUGCUCAAUGGAAUGUUUCAAAAAAAAUGUCAUUAGUAAUUGGUGCUAGGCGCCACCUCGAAUGGGGACAUGAGAAAUAUAUGAUAGAUACGAUACAAAGUCAUCCUGCACAGGCUGCUCUUGGUGGGGUUGUUGGAAAUCUGCAAAGAAUCCAUGCCUUUCUUCGGAUUCGUUUGAGAGACUAUGGGGUUCUAGAUUUUGAUGCAGGUGAUGCUCGUAGACAACCUCCUGUUGAUACCACUUGGCAGCAGAUUUAUUUUUGCUUGAGGACUGGGUAUUACGAGGAAGCAAUAGAGGUUGCCAGAUCAUCUCGUGUUUCAAAUCAGUUUGCUUCUCAGCUCACAGAAUGGAUUACUACAAGAGGUAUGGUAUCAGCAGAGAUUGCAGCAGUUGCUUCAGAGGAAUGCGAUAAAAUGUUAAGAAUGGGCGAUCGUGUGGGUCGUGCAGCAUAUGACAAAAAAAGGUUGCUGCUUUAUGCUAUCAUAUCUGGUUCUCGCAGGCAUAUUGAUCGCUUGCUCAGAGAUCUUCCAACUCUUUUCAAUACCAUAGAGGAUUUCUUGUGGUUCAAAUUGUCAGCUGUGCGGGACUGUCCAGGUGGAUCCUCAUCUGUUGUCCUGAAUGAGGGCUUGGUACCAUACAGUUUGGAUGAUUUGCAGAAUUACCUAAAUAAAUUUGAGCCAUCAUAUUAUACAAAAAAUGGAAAGGACCCUCUGGUAUAUCCAUAUGUUUUACUUCUAAGUAUCCAGUUGCUACCAGCAGUCCUAUACUUGUCUAAGGAAAUGGGAGUUGAAGGGUAUAAUGUUGAUGCUACCCAUAUAUCAAUUGUUCUAGCAGACCAUGGGGUCCUUUCAGAAGGUGCUGGGGUAGGACAGAAAUUGGGGGUGAUGGAUGCUUUUGCAGAGGCAUCUAGCAUAAUCCGGCAGUACGGAUCAGUGUAUUUACGUGCUGGUGAUCUUUCAACAGCAUUAGAAUAUUAUGCACAAGCUGCUGCUGCAGUGGGAGGUGGACAGUUGUCAUGGACUGGAAGGGGCAAUAUAGAUCAGCAAUGGCAGAGAAAUCUGAUGCUGAAGCAACUCCUCACUGAACUGUUAUUAAGGGAUGGUGGGAUUUAUCUUUUACUUGGUCCGAGAGGUGCUGGAGAAGAAGGUGAACUGGCUCGUUUUCUGACUGAUGUAAAAGCAAGACAGCAAUUUCUGCUUGAAGCUUCUCGCCAGUGUCAGGAUGCUGGGCUGUAUGAUCAAUCUAUAGAAAUUCAGAAGAGAAUUGGGGCAUUUUCAAUGGCGUUGGAUACAAUUAAUAAGUGCCUCUCUGAAGCAGUUUGUGCUUUGGCUCGUGGUAGAUUGGAUGGUGAGAGCCGAACUGCUGGGCUAAUUCAGUCUGGCAAUGAGAUCCUGGAGACAUACAAAUAUUUUCCUGAAGUCAGUCUUCAAGAGAGGGAACAUGUUAUGGAGCAACAGACUGUACUAAGAGAGCUUGAGGCAAUAUUGUCUAUCCAUAAGUUGGCGAGAGUGGGCCAUUAUCUAGAUGCCCUGAGGGAGGUUGCUAAACUUCCAUUUCUUCCACUUGAUCCACGAGCGCCAGAUACCACACCUGAUGUGUUUCAGAAUUUAUCUCCCCAUGUCCAAGCUUGUGUGCCUGACCUUCUGAAGAUUGCUCUCAGUUGUCUGGACUAUGUGACGGAUACUGAUGGAUCACUUCGGGCCUUGAGGACUAAGAUUGCCAAUUUUCUCGCAAACAAUUUGAAUAGGAACUGGCCUCGUGAUUUGUACGAAAAGGUUGCUCGAACGUUGUGAACGAACAAAGGAUAGGUAGUUUGAGAUGCCACUUCCUUAGUCAAGCAACAAAAUGUGGCAGUUUGAGAUACCUGCAUUCUGGAGAUGUAAAAUGACAUGGUCCUUCGGUGUUGACGGCAUCACAGAUACAUUUUGUACAAAAACAGUAAGACCAGGCUUUCAUGAAUCAUGACUGCUGUUUUGUUUGUUUGAUAAUAGGAGAAAGAAAUUAAUGUUUUGCGGGACUUAUUUUUCAUACUAUGAGUUGCAGUGGGCUGCCAUUGUUAAUAUGAGCAUCUUGCUAUCAAGAUUUUUACUUA